GAGGCGGCGGCCGCUGGGAGGAGGAUGGGGGCUAACCAGUUAGUGGUGCUCAACGUGUACGACAUGUACUGGAUGAACGAAUACACCUCGUCCAUUGGAAUUGGAGUUUUUCAUUCAGGAAUUGAAGUGUAUGGCAGAGAAUUUGCUUAUGGUGGCCAUCCUUAUCCGUUUUCUGGAAUAUUUGAAAUUUCCCCAGGAAAUGCUUCUGAACUAGGAGAAACAUUUAAAUUUAAAGAAGCUGUUGUUUUAGGGAGCACUGACUUCCUAGAAGAUGAUAUAGAAAAAAUUGUAGAAGAACUGGGAAAAGAAUACAAAGGCAAUGCUUAUCAUUUGAUGCAUAAAAACUGCAAUCACUUUUCUUCAGCUUUAUCAGAGAUUCUUUGUGGGAAAGAGAUUCCUCGCUGGAUCAAUCGACUUGCCUACUUCAGCUCCUGCAUACCCUUUCUACAGAGUUGCCUCCCGAAGGAGUGGCUCACUCCCGCUGCCCUGCAGUCUAGCGUCAGCCAAGAGCUCCAGGAUGAACUGGAGGAAGCAGAGGAUGCUGCGGCAUCCGCUUCCAUGGCAAGCGCUGCACCAGGCUCCAGACCCGGGCGCCACACUAAGCUAUAGAUGUCUCCAAAGUCACACAUUCAGAACUGUCUCUGGCAGUUGAAUAUCACUAGAGAAAAGUAAACAGAGUAAGCGUCCUUUGGAUAUUUUGUAUGCAAAGAUGGCUCUCCCCCAAAUCCCAGUUUUUCAGCUCAGGAUUAUAUUUGUAAUCAAAAAAAUCACUUGGCGCCAGAGGGAGAACUUUGUAUGAAGCUGCCCUCUGUUUUUUUUACCCACUUGUAAAUUUGGAUUUCCUUCUGUUUUAUACAAGCUCUGUUAAGUUAUGUUUACAGUAUUUUGUAUCGCUGUUUACAAAUCUUGCAUGGACUCCUGCCACGUGAAAGAAGAAAAUCUUCAUGUCUUCAGAAAUUAGGCAGGUAAUCUUGUACACUUCUGACAAUUGCCAGAGCUAUGGCAUAAAUAAUAGGCACACAAAAAGGUACUUAAGCAGUUAUAGUCACCAUCACCUGCUUAAGAAUGGUCUUUAGAUUUGUGUUUGUUUUGUUAGCGUUUUUUGGCACCAGGUUGCAGAGAACCAAACUGGCCUGGGGUGAAGGAGCACACACUUAGCCCCAUGGGGGCCCGGGGCCUCUUCCUCUCCACGCUCCCUCCCACUCGUAGCACAUCUCCUAAGGUGCCCAUGGAACGGUUGUUUCAUCCCAAGUAUCCGUCCACCUCGGCAGGGUGGUAUGUUCUUGUGUCUCUCUGACUCCAAUGCCUCUCAUUCUAUAGUUAAGAUGUUUUUUGUUAAAGAUAUUGUUAGUAACUGACAAGUGUUUUUGCACAUGUACUGGGGGAGGGGCUUCGUUUUUAUUUUAAUACACAUUGAUUUCCUCCCUGCACAGGGUUUUGUUGAUGGUGUAGGAAUAUCCUAAGUGGCAGCCUUCUGAGUAGCAGUAUGAGUUGACAUUCAACUGCUUUUAACAAUUCAGGCUACCUUUUAUACUAGACCUUGAAAACUAGAGUCUAAACUAACACACCCAGAAAAGGUAAUUCUUUGAUAUUUUAUACUUUUUAUGUACCAUAUCAGAAAGAGUAUGUUGGAGUUUGUUAGUUUGCUAUGGGAGUCGUUUCACCUCAUAAUAAAAUGCCUAGUCUCAUUGACUUCUUGAAAAAUCGUAUUUGUGUGUCUUAAAAUUCAUAUUUUUGUGUUCUCUCAAAUGUCUCUUAGAUAACAUACUAUAAGAAUGAAAUUGUCACCACAGAUAAAUUCUCGUUAGCAAGGAAUCUGUCUGCUCGGGUCUACUCCCAGUUUGACCCUUGGAUGUAAGAACCAAGUCAUUACAUGUCAAAUUCAAUUUUUCUGCCUUAAGAAUGAAUGUCCUAUGAAAAAUAUUGGAUGCAGUGUAUAAAUUAUCCAAGGCAGUGACUUCAGCUUUAUAUAUAUAUAUAUAAUUUUAAAGUUAUUUACAUUUAUUUAAGCUUUUAGAUUGGAUUGUUUGCUAUUGUUCUUUGUGUAGAGAUACAUAUCUUUCAGUAAACUGAAAAGUUUUCCAUAAGCUGAUUUUGAUUCAUUUUAUCAACUCAAGCACACCCUUUUACAGGGACAAUAAACCUUAGGUUAUAAGCAUUGGCCUGAGGACAAAGAAGCCACUUAACCCAAUUUAUGCUUUUGACUGUUCUGUUUCCAGAGUGGAAAGCCUUUACAAAUUAUUCUCAGUUCUUUAGGGGACAGAGUGCUUGUUUCAAGAGAUGUGACAGAAGGAAAAAAGAAUAUAUGAACUUUAUGAAAUGUUGACUUGGUUUAGGUCUAAAAAUGAGAUUUGGGACAAAACACUAAGGCUCAAGCAGUGAGUUGUUCACUAAGAAAAAAAGAGUCCUAUCACCAAACCCAGGUUAAUAGGAACUGUUUGAUGCAGUUUGCUUGGCAUAUUUUUAAUACUGUGUUGGAUUGUGGUUUUUUUCUAAUUCAUUCAAACAGACAUGAUUUAAACCUGGGCUACUGACACAAAGAAGUAGCCAUUAGUUAGACAAUUCUUGGUGAAUAUCCAGGAAUACUCCAUCUGUGCUUGUCCAGAAUCCAGCAAUUUGGCACACAAAUGAUUUUACUGUUAUUUUGUUGUAUUUACUUUCAUCUACAGCAUUGGAGUUUUAAAAUAGGGUCCUGGUGGAAAUAGUGUCCUAAGGCCAAUUGUCAUACUAACAAUUAGCAAAUAAAAUUCUGGACAUGAGAUUCCUUGCCAUCUAAUUGUACCUGAAGUUGAGAAAUGUCUUCCUUUAGAAAAUCUCAUUCAAGUCAGGUUCUUCUCUGCAGUUCAAAAUUGAGAAUGGAUUUAAUUAACUAGCAUUUAACCAGCUUUUCCUUGUCCUUGGAGGAAAAGAAUCUUGUUCACAACUUGUUACCUGUUAAAAAAAAUCUUAUAUCAAAAAUCUACUCAUUAAUAUACAUGUGAUACAGAGUUUCUUUGUUAUUGUUGUAACCAAGUAAAACAUAUUUCUCAUGGUGGAUUGGGCAGUAAUACAGUGUUAGAGGGUCAGAAGCUUCUGGUUUCCACCAUUUGUUUUCAGUACCCCUGGGGAGUUUUUAACCCUAACAAGGGAGGAUCAGCAUUGGAAAGUGUGACUUGUGGGAUUGUAGAAGGCAGGGGUUUACAAUCAUAGAAAGCCUCCACUUGAUGCCUGAACUCCAACCAGCUGUUGCUCUGACCCACAGCAAUAGCGCAAGUUACCCAUCACCAGCAUUUGUAGAGCAGGGAAUUCUGGUUUUAGUCCAUUGAUAGCAUUGUGUGUGUGAGGAGAUUCAACACCACGGACAGCUGCAGGACUCUAUCUAUGACUUCUUUCCAUCACAAAACGGGUAGAAACACAUUUACUGCUUCAGGGUUCUAAUCUGUGUGUCUCCUUAUGGCUCCGUUUCUGUAAGAUACUCUGUAAUUUUGAUAUAUGCUGUAUUUUCUUUAAAUGACUAAGUUUAAAAGCCUUGAGUUUUGUUCAGCAAGCUGGCCAUACUGCCAUGGUAUCCCCUUCUCUUCAGUAUGACUUUGGAGUGCAGCUCAGUGAUUAGACUUCCGUUGUCUACUCGUUCAAUACGCGUACAUCUUUACCGAUUGAAAGAUGUUACAGCUGUCAAAGAAUCUUCAUGAACCUGAAGAUUAUUUCUUGUGAAGUUGAAUGCAAGUGUACUGUCAUUCAUAGUGUUUAUAUAAAAAUACCAGGAAUCUUCACUUUUGCUACCUUGAUAUAGCAUUGGGCUAUCAUGUUGCAACAUUGAAAUACAUCAAUUUAUUAAAGAAGUACUUUUAUAAGAAA